ACUGAAACCUGGAGAAGAGACUGAAACCUGGAGAAGAGACUAAAACCUGGAGAAGAGACUGAAACCUGGAGAAGAUGUGAAGGCCGAGAGGCUCAAUUUUUCUGUAUACAAAAUAACCUGCAGGAUUGUGGACAGAGGCGCAACAAACCGAUAAAAGGGAUACAAUAAUUUAUUUUAAAAACAACUAGUUAAAAAGGAAACAUUUACUGAAGAAGGAUUAUUAUACAAGUCCAUAUAAAAAAGUCUUAACUGGCCCACAACAGGGGGAAAAGGAAGGGGCGCGGUCCGCUGCUGCUCACACGUCCAGCCCGGUCCAAACAAUCCUCCAGUCACACGAACCUCAGUGAGCGCUAGCCAACGGCUCCGUUCAGGGGAACACGGUCCUUACUGCUUCUGUACGUCCAGCUUGAUCUCCGGUUCUCAGCCCAGCAGUCCCACUUCCUUAGCCGGCCGCCCGCUCCUCUGCCGCGACCAGAUUAGCAGUCCUCAGGGCCGGUCCCUCCUGUAGCCAACGCCUGAAGCCAGUCCGAGCCGUCUGCCGCUCCUGUUUCCACACAUCACUCUGUUGAGAUCGAACAGUGUUAGGGUCCCUUACCGCGGCAUGUCGCUUCAGGCCAUCUUGGACUUUGUUCCUCUUCUAAUAGAAGAGCCUCUUGUUGAACAGCGCUGAAGGUCGCAUCAGGGUCUAGGCGCACAACUCGCUUUAGCAGCUGAAGCAUGGCGCCAUCCUCCAGGCCAAGCAGGAAUUGGUCCCUAAGACCCUGCUCACAAAGAGACUGAAACCUGGAGAAGAGACUGAAACCUGGAGAAGAGACUGAAACCUGGAGAAGAGACUAAAACCUGGAGAAGAGACUGAAACCUGGAGAAGAGACUGAAACCUGGAGAAGAGACUGAAACCUGGAGAAGAGACUAAAACCUGCAUUAGAGACUAAAACCUGGAGAAGAGACUAAAACCUGCAUUAGAGACUAAAACCUGCAGAUCCCAGAGAAAACAGCUGGAAAAUGAGUUCUGCUCAGAGUCUGCAGUCCAGACUGAAGGCCCUGGAUUGCCACUUCACCUGGGAUCUGGACCCCAGCAGGGGCAAACUGUUCCGUAUCAGGGAUAAGCUGGAGGACAUCGGUACCGAUGAGGGAAACGUCUGGCUGGGUCACAUCUACAACCUGCUGGGCUUCGUCCAGUACCAGCUGGGCUCUAGUAAAGACGCCCUGGACCUCUUCAACCGGGCCGCUGAGACCUUCCAGAGGCAGAGAAACGCUGAUGAAGGUCCCUGGCUGAUGGUGAACUUUGGGAAUCGGGCCUGGCUGCACCAUCACCUGGGAGAAGAUGAGAGGAGUGAAGACUUCCUGUCAAAGGUCGACGGUCUGAUGAGGAAGAAGAAGGGAGAGCGCCACCCAGAGGUCUUGGCUGAGAAGGCCUGGACCCUGAUGAAGUUUGAUAAAGAGAAGAAGCAGCAGGCUUUAGAGCUCUUCCAGAGAGCCAUCCGGAUGCAGCCGGACACCGUGGAGUGGCGGAGCAGCUGGAUGAUCGGGCUGCUGAGCACCUUCAAGCACAGUGAGGUGGAGCCAGAGCCUGGCAUCUGGGAGGACCUAAGGGUAGCUAGAGAAGAAGAUCCAGAAAACUUGUACCUCGCCGCUGUGGACCUGAAACAACAAGCCAAGAGAGGCGAGCGAGUUGAAGAGGAAGCACAGGAGUUGUCCGAGAAGAUUUUACUGAACCCUGUCAGCUGCUACAGUGGCAUCAAACCCCUCCUGAGGACCUACAGACAAAUCGAAUCCUACGACGAUGUGAUCGACGUGGUGGAAAGGGCCCUGACGAAGGAUCCAGGUUCCCGGUACCUGAAGAGAUGUGCUGCUCUUGCCUACAAAUGGAAGAUUGUUUUUUCCAGAGACAGACGCCCGAGUCAAAGAACCUUUGACCGAGCAAUCAGCUUGUUGGAGGACGUCAUCUCUUGCUACCCUGAGUCUUGCUUAAACAAGAAGUUGGACUUUGCAAGUGUGUGGGCCAAGUCCGGUCGCGGGCUGAUGAAACCAGAUCAGAUCUACAAGGAGUUGCUGCAGAAAUCUGUGGAUCCUGCAGACCAACAGCAAGUUUACAACUGCUACGCCUAGUACCUCCACUUCGACCGGCAGGAAAGGAACAGGUCCGUCGAGUAUCACAUGAAGGCUGCAGCCAUUAACCACGACUCUUUCUCCCGGAUGAACAGCAUCAAGGCGCUGGAGAAGAUCCGAGACCGCGGACGGUCCAGAAUGUGCUCAGAGAUCCGGGAGUUUCUGGAAAACCUGGAAGGUGUCCAGACUGUGUGAAAGCCACUUUCACAGACCAGAUCCAAUGAUCCUUCUGAAUAAUGUUCUGCUUCUAAUCCCAUAAUUCCUGAAUUUAUAUCUAAUUGUGCUUAAAUGUUAUUACUGGUGUUUUGCUGUCAGAUGACUAAUUACUUGGAUAAAUUUGAACUUUGCACCAAUCAGCGUAGCUUUAGGUACAAUGCUAAUGCUAGUAUUCUGACACAGUUUGGUUCUCAGAUUAGCAGAAAUGAAGGUUGGAAACGUUUCACGCUGAUGGAUUUCUGGAUGAGACGUUUCAUUUUGAGGUUUUUCACCAGGUUCUGAUGUCCCAACGUUAGUGAAAUGUUUUAAAGCUCAAGGUUCAUCAUCUCUGCUUCAUGUAACCAAGAACAGAUUUACUUCAUUCAGUUCAUGUGUUAAUAAAAUGGCACAAAUAAAAAACUUAAAAGAA